AUGAAUUACUUCUCCCACGGCACAACUUCCAGGGUACUGAGGGAUUUUAAAAGAGACUUAGACCUCCUGGCCACUUUGUUGUAGACGGACUGGAAAACGAAACGCUCUAAUCGGCAUAGAAUUGGAUGAAGCAUAUAUUUGUCUUCAGUUAAAAUAAACUGGGGAGUAGGUAGACAGAGCCUGAAAUCUACGUUACCAAGCCCGGCUGAAGAGUAUUGUAGGGUCACCGAGGCGGAUAGUCUAUCUGUCCGAGCCUUGGGGCUCUUAUAGACUAUUCAAUCGGAUGAAUGAAAACAUAUGCAUCUAGAAAACACCUGGGGGCCCGUCUAAAACAUUUAGCAGCAGGUUUUAGAUUUAACGAGUGUGGUCUAGAAAUUUGGUAUGGUAGCGGGAGUUCGAAAUUUGUGUCUCAAAGGGUCCGGCCGCAAACCAACCCUGUGGCGGCUCAGCAUAAUUAUUUUCGUGCUCGAAUUUUGAACAAACCAUAUAUUUCCAGCCUCCGGGCGUCAGUUUGAGCUACUAAAUCAGCCACUCUCUUCAAAAGGUUUUGUUUGCAUAGCCGUGACAGAAUCCUUCGCCCAGUUUGACCACUGUGAAUGCAAAAGUUGAUACGCAGGGUCAGGCUGCUCAUGGGUGCGUAAAUUGUCUUUAAAUUACAUGCUUUGGCAGCACAGUCCCCUCCGCGGGCGGACUGAGCUGCAGAUGCGUUGAACCAGAGUAGGGGGGGGGGGGCAAGCUGGCUCAGGGGACACAUUUAUUGGCCUGUGCUGAAUCUACGCGGGUCGUACGCGCGCGCGCUGUCCGCUGUAGCCUUUGGCCUUCGCGCCUCGUCAGGCAUUGCGCACAACCUUUUUAAUCGACCGAGUGACGGUGGACUGGUUAGUGGAGACAGCAACAGGAUGUGGCGUCGGUACUGGGAACUUCAUCCUCAGGACACAUCAUCGCAUUCCUCAAUGCGUUGAGAGUCGAGACUUGGAAGGAUGCCACUCGAUGGGGUAACUCGAACCUUCUCGCUACUGGGCGUCGGAAUGCAAUAGUUCCUUCUAGACAUGGGCACUAUGGCACUCUAACGUAUGUGAGAUCCAACACACCCUUUUUGUCGCCCGGUGCGUAUGGAGUGGAAAUCAGGUCGUGCGUGGCACGCGUACACGGGUUGUUUAGCAUUGCCAGCCACCGCGCCCGACCCCAUCUCCAGUCGUUCUGACUCUGCCUUCCCACCAGGCUCGGGAGGGUUAGGGAGAAGAGUGUUGCAGAUGUUGCGCAAGCCCACCAUCACGCGCAGGUUGCAGCCAUGUUUUAGGGCACACGGUGGACGUCGUCGUUCGCAAUAGUCGAAUAGACAUCCUAUAAUGUCCUCUCAAUAACAGGGGCAGAACUAACCACAAAGUAAUCUGGUUUCAUUCUUUUCAGUUUCUGAUUACUCACUUCUUGACUCAUUUCUUCUGCCUCUUACACCUUCAGCUGCUGACGGAAGCUAGGAGGAUUUUGUCCGGUGCCUCGUCUGAAAUCGGCGGCCUCAAGGUAGAGCUCGAGGAAUUGCGAGCUCGACUGAAAGAUGUGAACUCCAGUACUAAAGCCCAAGCAGGUCUUUGGGACGAAGAGCGUGCCAAGUUGGGUGCGCAACUCGACGAGUCCAACGUCGAGGUUGACCGCCUGCAGGAGCAGAUUCUCAAGGUACGCCCUCCUCACUUUUUACCUGUAUUGUUUUCGAUUCGGACAAAGGGGAGCCUUGUAAGAAGCGGAGUUUACUAGCUGUGGUAGGAAAACUUAUUAUCUAGUAGUGUUUUGAAGAUUCGAGAUAGUCGGUCGGGGACCUAAUCUGGGUGGAUGCCCUGGACACCUUCGCCUGUGUUCCGCGGCGUAACGCCUGUUUAAUGUCAUACUAUUGACAGUAAUUGUUUUCGCAAUCCGGCCACAAACAACGGUUCUAGACCGGAGUCCCAGGAUGAAACCUAGCGCCCGUCCCUGCCCUGUAAUCAGGACAGGGGCCGAUAACCGUCACACUCGCACCACUUAUUUUCCUGAUGAUAGACCGGAUGACGCAGGCGGACCGGUCGUGAGUGGCACUCGUAGACGGGUUGUUUGCCAUUGCCAACCACUGCGCCCAUGCCCACUUCCAUCGCCUCGACUUAGUCCUGCCAUUAGUUCACGGUUGAUGAGGAAGGAGGGAUUGCGUUGGAUACCACGAAAGUCUAUUUAAAUAUAGGCUAAUUUACCCACACCUUAUCGCUGUUGGAGCUGUCGUGGCAUUUAAGUCCGUUUUGUUUUAAUCAGCUACAAUACGCUUUUUAAAGAACUUGACACAACUUUGAAUGAGACAAAGAACUAGCGCGUGCAUUUUUACCUGCUGACGACUUUGUUCUUAUUUACUAGUUGGUAACUGUUGGGAUACUGGCAUCUUCGUUUCUUGGAUAGCCUACUCAUUGUGCCCAAAUAAUGGGUUUACCACUUCCAGAGCUAUCUCCCGGGACAGAAGUGGGUGUCGUCGCUGUCGACGAUCGAACCCUCGCAAAGUUGCUCAAGAUAGUCUCGGACCGACCAACAGUACCUCUACGAGGAGCAGUAAAGAGCGCACUGACCCCGAUUAUUGCCUGGUUCCCGGGGCGAUGGGAAACUAUUUACAGGCAGGACCUUUGGGGCAGUAAUAUGCCCAAAGACAGAAAGUUCUGACCAAAUGCUCCAAACUCUUUUCCCCGUAGCAACUAGGCAGAUAAACCGUUCAACAAAAUUCCAUCUUACGCUGAUUAAGAGUACAAUUUAAUUCCCAUCUUUGAAGCCUCGGCAAUACUGUUUAGAGUAGGCUUUCAUAUCAAAGAAAGAAUGUGCAGUGUAGAUUCGGCUCGCGAAAUGAAUCAGUGGGAUUAGUCAGCAGUUCGGAGGCGUCCGUAGUUGUCACCUCGCACAUAAUGGGUACAGCCACGUCGGGUUUGGCCAGUUUGUAGAACGUUUAAAGAGCCACCUGGAAACUAACGACUGUCGAUUUCGUAACAAUGCAGUGCUUGUACCACUAGAGGUAAAACACGGUAAUGGGAACUACCCUAGAUAGUACAGGUGGCUUUGCGCAAAAUACCAGGGAGGGUUAGUAUGCCCGUGUUCUAACCCUAAUCCUAACCUCAACACUAACUCUAAUCUUCCUGGAAAUCAGUGAGAUGUCCCCCGAAUAAGGGGGGGGGGGGGGUCGGUGGUUCCUAUUCCCGUGUUCUGUCCCACUAAACCGUUCAUUAUGCGCCUACAGCCUUACUUGUUGAUUACACACAUAACAAAUCAACUAUGAUGUUUCAGCACGUCUACAAUUUGACUCCCACCCUCGGCAACACAUUAUUACGGGAUCGGAGAUAUAAAUGAGCUGUUGCUCUUACCUCCAGAACAAAGCACUGCUUUCAACUGAUUCCCCACUGUGCCUUUCCAGUCUGCAGUCCAUCGCCUCUUCAGCCAACAGCAACCUAAAUUUAAUCUAA